GCGCAUCCUCAUCGGUCUCGUCCGAGGGAAACAGGAAGUUUCAGUGAGGAAUCGUGUGCAGCGGUAAGCGCGACGACGAUGCCGAGGUAGUCGUUCUCUCCCCGAGGGUCUCUUUCCCUUCUUCCUUCGGCCGCAAAAUCGAAAAGGAGAGCACACAUACGCGUUACGACAUUACGCGCGCAGUCCGCUGUCAACCGGUGAACGUCUGCUGAAAGUCUGUUAUGUCUGAAGAUCUCUCUAUCUUUCUCUCGCCCGAUCCGAUGUAUCGUCCCCGUUGAAUAGGAGUACGCGAACGCGCGUUCAUCGGCGGAUUUUACUUCCCAGUGCUGAUGCGAACAUGGAGGACUACAAGUUUCUCUUCAAGGUCGUGCUCGUGGGCAACGCCGGCGUGGGCAAGACUUGCCUAGUGCGACGAUUCACUCAGGGUUUAUUUCCACCUGGACAAGGUGCAACAAUUGGAGUUGAUUUUAUGAUUAAGACUGUUGAAGUAGAAAAUGAAAAAGUCAAGUUACAAAUUUGGGAUACUGCAGGUCAGGAAAGAUUUCGUUCUAUUACUCAGAGUUAUUAUAGAUCAGCACAUGCAUUGAUAUUAGUUUAUGAUAUUUCUUGUCAACCUACAUUUGACUGUUUACCGGAUUGGUUAAGGGAAAUUGAAGAAUAUGCAAGUAAUAAAGUUCUUAGGAUAUUAGUAGGAAAUAAAAUUGAUCGAGAAGAUAGAGAAAUACCGACACAUGUGGGUGAAGAUUUUGCACAAAGACAUGGAAUGUACUUUUUAGAAACAUCUGCUAAAGAGGCAGAGAAUGUAGAGAGAUUAUUUAUGGAGAUAGCAGCUGAACUUAUGGAACAAGCGCGAAGUAAGGAAUUACCUCGAUAUGAAACGAAUACCACUUCAAUAAAUGGUAAAACAACAUCAAUAGGUGAUAGUAGUAAUUGCGGUUGUAGUAGAUUUUCUUAAGCAAUUUUUGUAUGUAAUAUUAAGCAUAUUUCAGAUAUUUUUAGUUUUAUAUAUACACAUACACACAUGUAUGUAUAUAUAUAUAAAACAAUAUACCUUUUUUUAUAGACACGAUUGAAUAUUAAGCGUAUCAAUAUUUGAUAACAUAAAAAACAUCUAAUAUAUCUUUAUAAAAGAGUGAUACAGUGUUAUUGUUUAGUGUUAUAUUAUAUGUUAUGUUGCAUUAUACUAUGUUGUAAGAUAUAUUUAAUAUAUAGCAAAGCGACAAGAGAAUUUAAAUAUAUUAUUAAGCACUAGUUUUUAUAGAACAUUAAAUUUUUUAUAGAUAUAUGAUUAAUUUUAUUAUAGUGCAAUUAAUACUCUAAUAUCAAAUAUGUAUGCUUUAUUAUCAAUUUUUAUUUUAUUGAAGUAAUACUGCUUAUGUAUGAUGUGAAAUUAUUUAAAUAUUUAUUUCAACGUAGAAAUAUGCAUUUUACAUAACAGUAUUUUUUGUUACUUCAAAAGUACAAAUAUUUAUUAUCAUAAUGUGGGUUUUGGUAAUUUGUCCAAAAUCUUAAUAAUAAUGACAAUUUUACAAGACAUUACACAAGCCUAUAGUAUAUAAAGUUAUUUUUAAUAUGCAAUAUUUAUGUGUUUAUCAUACAUACACAUUCAUGAUAUUUUGAAACUGGCAGCUCACUAUAUGGUCAAAAAAGUAUAUUAAAAUUGAAACAUAAAUAAUAUUUAAUUCACACAAUACAAUUAAUGAAAAUUAUUGUUUAUUGUUAUUAAUAAAUAAGUAAAUUCUGUUCUAUAAUCUAAAGAGAAGAUAAUGCAGAAUAUGUAUGAUAUUAUGAUAAAAUCUUGAAUAUUUAUGUGAUCUGAUUUUCAUUAUAUUUAUAUUUAUGAUUAUAAGCAAUGGCUAAUGGUUAAUUAUUCUAUUUGUGUCUCUUAUAAUGUUAAAAUGUUAUUUUUUAUUUAUACAGAUUAUUCUCAUUUUGUAUAGAUUAAGAUUUUCAUUAUAUAUAUUGUUAAUAUUAAUAUUUUGGCACACUCUAGUCUCUUCAUCGUUUUCUUAUAUUUUAUACACAAUAAUCACAUAAUUGUUAUAGAUAAUAUACAUAAUGCUAAAAAUUAUUUGUGACUAAAAUUUUUUAUUUUAUUACUUAAAUUAAUUUUUUUACCAGUUUAGUUGAUUUUAGCAAUAUUCACUUAAUUUUUUUACCAAUUUAGUUGAUUUUAGCAAUAUUCACUUUUUUCACAGCAAAAUAAGAUUAAAUUGAGGGAAAUGAAACUAUUACAUAUCUAAUCUUUAUUCAAUACUCAACUGAAUUUGCAUUUACAUGCAUUAAUAAAUUUUACAAUUUUGAAAAUGUAUAAUGUAUUUUAUUUCUAUUAAUAUUUACAAUUUUUAAGAUCUU